AUGUCUGCGGAAGUUCUCCCCAAAGGCUUCCAGCUCCUCGAUGGCUCGAACUGGCCGUCGUGGAGUGCUGCGAUGAAGGACCUUCUCCAGACGAAGAAGGUGUGGCGAUAUGCUUCGGGCGAACGCAAACCGCCCCGCGAUCCUCGAUUCGACUAUUCAGUCAAGACCGAAACCGAUAAGGAUUCGGGCGUCACCUCGACAGUUGACAUGUCUACGCCCAAGUCGGCCAAAGAUCUGGCUAAGCUCACUCAGGAAGUUCUCGAUGCUUACGACUCGGCUCAAAACUCAUGGCUUGAGUCCGACGAUGCCGCUUUUGGUCUAAUCAAAGCUGGCUGUGUUCGCUCGAUCCGCGAUGCUGUCGCGACCGAGAGGACCUCCGAAGCAGCUUGGGACGAGCUCGAGGAACGCUAUGGCACGCCCGGCACCCUUCAAAUCUUCACGCAGUUCGAGAACUACAUGUCCCAUGUCUUCACUGAGGACAAGGAACUCUCGAAACAGUUCGCCGCCCUUGACGACCUCUACAAUCAGCUAAAAGACUCCGAGAUUCAGAUCCCGGAUGUUCUUCAUGGCUACAUUCUUCUUCGCGCCCUCCCCGAUUCGUACGCCGAUACGCGCUCCAUCAUCAUCAAUUCGUUCACGAACCUUGAAAACGCGACCUCGCUCGUUGUCAAGCAGCGCAUUCUUGGCGAAGAAGCUCGCCGCAAGGCACCCGGCCCGGGUUCUGUGCCCUCGGUUAGUGCGCAGCGCGCUCAAGCUGCGCAGACCUGCUCGUACUGUGGCAAGAGCGGUCAUACCGAGAAGACAUGCUUCAAGAAGCGCGGGGAUGAGAAGAGGAAGAAGAAGGGAAAAGGGAAGGAUAAAGGGAAGGAGGGAGGAGGGAAUGGGGGAAAAUCGCUAAGCUCGAUGGAGGCCGAGGCCGCCCCGAGCACCCCUGUACCUAGUUCGAACACGAUGGCUGCUUCCUGGUACACCACGCGUGAUAGCAAAGCCCGAUGGAUGAUCGAUUCCGGCAGCUCGGAUCAUAUCACUCCUCAUCGGGCCGACUUCAUUGAGUACACACCUCUAUCCACACCUGGCAAAAUUACUCUCGGUGAAGCGCAAGCUUCUAUGCCUUAUGUGGGUAUUGGUACAGUGAAGGGCUUCACUAUGGUCGAGGGCAAUCGUGUAGACAUCACCCUUAGUCGGGUCCUCCAUGCUCCUGCUGCUGCGAAUCGCUACAUCUCGGGGACCACUUUAAUCGAUCGUGGGUUCUCCUUGGCGAUGAGUGGCUCGGUUUGCCGCAUUCAUCAGGGCGAUGAUGUGUUUGGGAUUGCUCGCAGGCACCAGAAGUUCUACUGGUUGCAGCUCGAGCCUCUCCCUUCACUCAGUGCUCUCGCAAAGGCCAAAGCCGUGUCUCCCGACAUCGCGCAUGGGCGCUUCGCCCAUGUUUCCUAUGGCACCCUUGGACGGUUCAAACCAGAGAACGUCCAUGGAAUCGAAAUUGACUUGCACGGCGAUCACACGCUGCCUUGUCAUGGUUGCCAAUUAGGGAAAUCGCGUCGGAAGCAUCGCGGAAUCUCGUCCACACGAGCCACGAGGGUCCUAUAUCGAGUUCAUACAGAUCUCAUGGGACCUUUCCAUGUGCGCUCUAGGCAGGGGUACAUUUACGUCGCCACGUUUCUAGACGAUUAUUCUGGUCUGGGUCAAAUUUGGUAUCUCAAAGCCAAAGAUGAUUUUCCAGAUGCGUUCGAGGAGUUCCUCGCUCGCGCGCAGACAGAGACAGGUCAAAAGCUAGUCUAUCUGCGUUCAGAUCGUGGUGGCGAGUACACUAGCAACGAGUUCGAGGCCCGGCUGAGAGAGCUUGGUGUACAGCACGAGACAUCUGUGCCAUAUACACCCGCCCAGAAUGGACGUGCAGAGAGGUUCGGUCAAACGAUAUUGUACAAAGCCCUAGCUAUGCUGCAUCAUGCAGGGCUCGCCCUCUACUUUUGGCAAUAUGCUUUUGAUGCGGCGCUCCACGUGUACAAUCGGACCCCGAUGCGCAGGCUCGGGUGGAAAACUCCAUCCGAACUUUACACCGGCAACGUUCCCGACGUUUCCCAUUUCCGUGUGUUUGGUUGUCAGGCAUAUGUUCAUGUCGUAAAGAAGAAACGAAAGAAGCUGGAAAAACACGCCCGUUCAGACUGCUCGUUUCUUGGCUAUGAACCGAACUCCAAGGGAUGGAGGUUCUACGACCACGACACACGGUCCGUUGUUUUCUCCGACGAGGCAGAAUUCAACGAGACCACAUUCAAAUCGCGCACGGCUGCUCCUGGUCGUGCACCUGCCCCACUGCCACAAAUACGCAUCUCCGAUCUGCUCGAAGUAUCUCCCGAGCUAGAUGAGGGACCGGCCCCUGUGGCUUCGGUUCCGACGAAAACGGACCCUGCACCUGUCACUGCGGACGCGCCGCGUGGCGGGGACAAUCCCGAAGAAGUGCCCUUACCUCCUUCGCCUCUUACUCCCCUUUCGAGCCGCUCUUCGAGCCCUGAACCUGCUACCGAGUCUCAUGGCCCGCGCAGAUCUACUCGUCCUGGUAAAGGACAGCACGGGCAUGGACCAGGUUACAUGUAUGGUGUCAAGAUGGUCACUUUGACGUACCUUGAUGCUAGUUCGGCUCCGAGCAUUAGCUCGAUUGUUGAUAUGGGGAUGGCGAAGAUCCCGAAAUCUUAUCGGGAUGCCGUGAAGUCCGAGUUUUGGGACAAAUGGCUAGAGGCUAUUCGGUACGAACUCGCCCAGCUGGCUGCACAUGGUACCUGGGAAGUCGUAGACAGGCCCAAUGGUGUCAAUGUAGUAAAAUGUCGCUGGGUUUUCGCGAUAAAGCAUGACGGCCGAUUUCGGGCUCGUCUUGUUGCGAAGGGAUUCACGCAGGUCUUCGGAGAAGACUAUUUCGAAACUUUCAGUCCGGUCGCCCGAUUCGAGACUCUGAGGUUCCUAUUGGCGCUUGCCGCGCGUCAUGAUUGGCACCUCGUGGGAUUGGAUGUCAAAUCGGCAUUCCUCUAUGGCGAUCUGGACGAGGAGAUCUAUAUGGAGUUACCAGAAGGUUUCGAAGGUCAGCAAGGCACGGCGGGGAAGGUGGCGAAGCUGCGAAAAGCCUUGUAUGGGCUCAAGCAGGCUUCUCGGGUCUGGAAUGAACAGAUCGAUGCCGCCUUGAAGGAGCUCGGGUAUGCUAGGACCUACGCGGACACCAGCAUCUACGUCUAUCGUCGACAGGCGGGGAACACGACGUGUAUACUCGUUCUGUAUGUCGACGAUAUGGCUUUGAUGGGCAAUAACCGCGCCGAGCUAGACCGAAUCAAGUCCGCGCUACAGUCCAAAUAUGAGAUGACCGAUGCCGGCGAUCUCGCGCACUUUAUCGGCCUUCGGAUCUCUCGGGACCGUGGUUCGAGAACACUGGAAAUCGACCAGUCUGCGUACCUUGCAGAAGUUCUCCAGCGGUUCGGAAUGGCCGACGCGACCCCUGUUCGUACCCCUUUGCCUGCAGGCUUAGUCCUGCAGAAGUCGACAGAACCUGUGGACUAUGAGCGCCGAAAACUGUAUCAGUCCAUCGUCGGUAGCCUUAUGUGGGCAGCCAUUGCUUCACGGCCCGACUUUGCCUACCACGUUACUAGGCUGUCCCAGUACUGUUCGAAUCCGUCUUCGGACCAUCUCGCAGCAGUCAAACAUGUUCUCAAAUAUGUCAAGGGGACUGUAGACUUGCGAUUGCGUUAUGAUGGUCGCGCUGAGCGCCUGGAUCUGCACGGCUACUGCGAUUCGAACCACGCGGAAGAUCGGGAUGAUCGUCACUCCAUUUCCGCAUUCGUCUUCAUGAUGAGCGGCGGGGCGAUUGCGUGGUUGUCGCGGAAGCAGUCCAUUGUCGCGCAAUCAACCGCAGAAGCGGAAUACAUUGCAAUGGCUGAGGCAGCCAAGCAGAUUCAGUGGUACACGAAUCUAUGCGAGGAACUCGGCCUCCCGGACCCGACCCCAGUGAACCUUCAAUGCGAUAAUCGUGCCGCGCUGUUAACGGCGACGAAUCCCGUCGUCGGGCGCAAUAUGAAGCAUGUUCAUCUGCGGUAUCAUUACAUCCGCGAGGCUAUCGAGUCCCGUCUCGUCAAGGCCGUCCCUGUCCCCUCUGCUGACAACCUCGCAGACCUUCUUACGAAGGCACUGACUGCAGACACCUUGUCGCAGCUCAGUGGGAGACUCGGCAUGAUUCGUGUCCCAGAGCCGUAG